GCGUUGCGCACAGUGUCCGCAUCCCUGUAUAUUACUGUACCACGCUUCACUUCCAUUAUUGAAGUCGAACUUCCACGGUCAGGGAGGGUAUUUUAAGACGGAUAAGUUUUUCCGACGCGUCUCAUUCCAUUAGUUACAACGAACCCCAAGUAAUUGCCUACCAGAUCCUCACCUCCUUCGCAAAGGCGAACAUCGCCCGCCCGUCGUUUAGUCGGUACUCAAGGAAUCAUGGAGCGCAUCCCAGUCGAGCCUAUCACACUCAUUUACGGGCCCCUCUGCCCACAUUGCCAGUCGCCCAAUGCGUUCCCGAAUGCAGACACGCGUGGCCAAGAUGACCUUGUCGCGUUUGUCGCGAACGUCCAGGGCGAUGCGCGCCAUUGUGCAGCCCUUCGUCUUCCACUAUUACGCCACCAGAGAGUGCCCAUAAUCUUCUGGGCAGACAAGCCGGGCUACACGUACGCAUACGGCCAAGAACAGACACAAUUCGAGUAUGACCUGCUUACUCCUUUCCUCCGUUCCAUCAUCGAGCGUCCUGACCUGGCCAGGAGUGUCCAAGCGCUCCAGUUGGUCCCGUCUACCCGCUUUAGACACCGCAAGAACCCCGACUAUUGGGUUCCUAUCGAGAGGGUCAGCGUUGAAUUCGGAUUGCUGGCUUUCAACUUCUCCCAUCCGGACUACACUCAGGAACGGUUUGAGAACAGGCCUUGCGCUUUACCAUUCGAGGCCUAUGAAGUUCACCACCUCGUUGAACAGUUGGCCCAUUUUACUCUGUCCCAACGCGGGCGUCCUCUUACUGCAGAAUGACUUCUGGCGGCCUCAUAACUUCUGCAAACUGCUCGAGGCAAGUGGGCGAAAUCUGCUGGCACUUAAGACGAUUGGUUAAUUAUCCAGGAACCACUGGGUCACUACGCGAAUGCCGGCCCUCUCCUGGCGCUGGCACCUAACCUCGA